CUUAGUUUUGAUUGGCUCAUAGGAUAAGCGCCAUUUUGCCGCCAUUGUAAGAAUUUAAACCUCAAGCAUCAUGUCAGAUGUAGAGAACAACAGAGAAUCUGCUCCAGAGAAAGAAGAGAUGGAAGAAGACAAAGAGCCAGUUCAUGAUACGUCAAAAUCAGAAGACUCAGAGGAUGAAGCUAAGGAAAAGAAGAGUCCAGUUAAAUCUCCUAAGAAGUCCACGAAUGAAAAGAAAGAAGAACCAAUGAGUGGUGAUGAUGAUGAAGAUGACGAGGAAGAGGAAGAAUUACAACCUGGUCUCUUAGAGCGCCCUGUAAUUAUUGAAUCUGGUAAAAGAAGAGAGAAAAAGAAAGUAGAACGUCUCAGCAUGCAAGAAGUAGUCCCAAAAGAAUCUAGAAAGUUUGAGGUGGGAGAAGGAUCUGGUGACAAACUAGGAGACUGUGCACGAAUUGAGUAUCAUAUUUCAAAAGGAAAAGUUGAUGAUUUAAAAGCCUUACACAGACUCUGCUUCAACAGUCCAGGAAAGGCAACACUAAUAAGAAAAAAUUUGCGCCUCUUUAACGGAUUUACAUUUAAAAAGGGUGAUGAUGAAUACAAAAAGAAAUUGGCAAAUUUAAAAAAAAACACUGUAGCUGUCCUUAAGAAAGUGUGUGAGGUGUUGGAUUUAGAGAGAAAAGGAGUUCGUGAUGAAAUAGCAGAGAGAAUACUUGAUUUUUGUUUAUGUCCAAAAGACUCAGGAAAAGGCAUUCCAGCUUCCAAAAAACGAAAAAGGAAGUCAAAAACUGGAGGCAAGGCAGAGGGAAAGAAAAAAGUAGCAAAGAAGGAGAAAACUCCGAAAAGUGCCAGCAAAAAGAAAACAUCUUCAGACGCUGAGGUCUCUGAGAGUGAAGAAGAAUCAGAUGAUGAAAGCAAAGAAGACUCUGCUUCAUCAGCAGAAGAGGAAGAAGAUACUCCUCCAGCAAAGAAAAAGAAAACAGAAACGCCUAAGAAACCUGCUGCAAAGAAGGCUGCACCAAAAAAGGAGGCUAAAAAGGAAAAGAAAGCCUCACCAAAGAAAGCAGAGUCAUCAGAUGAAGAGAGUGAUGAAGAUUCUGAUGAAGAACCACUUGCAAAGAAGAAGGAGCCACAACCCCCAUCAGAUAAGGAAUUGAAGGGUUUAAUAAAGAAGAUCCUCGACAAAGCCAACCUAGAAGAAGUGACCAUGAAAACAGUUGUCAAACAGGUUUAUUCAAAGUAUCCAACAUUUGAUCUGUCAGAUAAAAAAGAUUUCAUCAAAGAAACAGUUCGAGAGAUGAUAUCGUGACCACUCCUCAGACGAUUUUUUAUUUUUACCAAACAAUGGCAGCAGGGUGUCUGGAAGUGUUAUCAAGGGGAGCUAAACACUUGCUGUAUAUGGCUUUCCAUGGUCUCUGUGCAAACUGUGAUUUCUGGAUGUAAUCCACAAUUAUUUUUCUCCUCUACUUCUGGAUUAAAUCCACAAUGAUUUCUCACUUCUGGAUGAACCACACCAAAUAAUAGGGGAUGGAAGUGUGUAUAAAUAUGGCAGAUUGUUAAUCUGAAAAGUUGUAACAACCGUUAAGUGCGAUUCAGAUUGAAAUUGUGAAAUUAAAGGUUUGAUUAAUUGACGACCGAAUUAAGAAAUUGUUCAUUUCAUUCAUACUCGAAUGUGUGAUUUGUUCAAAAUGUCUAUACACACUAUCAAAAUCUUCAUCUUGUAUUUCUGCAUAACUGUUAACAUGUUUCUUAUGAAUCAUUCAUAUGUUGCAUUGUUUGAAUAUUCCCAGACUUCUACAUUUUUUACAUUUAAGCAAUUUAUGACCUAUGAAAAUAUAAAUGCAUAUGCAUUAGUUGAGUUUUAGGAGGACACAAUGUUAUCUAGAUUGUUUUUUCUUAUGACAUACAGAGCUAAAUUUCCCUCUUUUUACUUUGUGAAAUGUUUCUUUUUUAUUUAUACAUGUAAUUUUUAAUGAAUGGGUUAUGUAUAAUUUUAUGUACAGCACAACCAUUGGGGCUCUUGUCCCAGACUAGGGGCUUUUUCUCAUGGUGUCAUAAUGCAAUGGACCUGUGCUUGUGUUGUAUUUUUCUUAACUAGGCAUCAAAUUUCAUUGUUGUAAAUGUUAUUCAUAUCAUGAUCGAAAUUUACUUUGUAAAAUAAAUUGUAAAGAAAAGCUCAGUGUUACUAAUUGCACUUU